UGUAAUCCUAACUGUGAGUGCAAUCCAACAUUGUUCUGUUUAUUUCAGAGGAUGGCUUAUCUCAGUAGAGUUGUUGAACAUGUAUUUGGUUCCGAAUUUUCACAAUCCUGUGAUGGACUUGAAAACGAAAAAACGUUAGAUAAGACUGGCACUUUGAUCACUGCCAUUCACAGCCAAUUACAAUCUCAAUUAUUUUCUAUUGGUGAAAAGACGCAGACGGAUGAAAGGAGAAAUUCUUACCAAGAUGGACGUGUUGGCAAUAUUAAAGUUAGUUUGGACCUGCUUGAGCUAUCUAAUAGAAUGUCUUCUUAUGACUCCUUUAAAAUAAUUGGUGUUGGCCACUUUGGAACCGUUAAGACAAACUGUGGUGUUUUCAAAGGCAAAUGGCAGUACGAAGUUCUUCUUCUCUCAACUGGUGUGAUGCAGAUAGGGUGGGCAUCUUUCAAUUCAAAAUUUGGGGCAGGUCAGGGGGUAGGAGACACUUACGACUCCUUUGCAUUUGAUGGCAGUAGAGUUCGCAAAUGGAACAUGACUGCAGAGGCAUAUGGAGAAAAAUGGGAAGAAGAUGAUAUUAUUGGAUGCUGCAUUGAUCUAGAUGAUGGAUGUGUGGAGUUUUUUAGAAAUGGAAGAUCAAUGGGGGUGGCUUACAGAAAUAUUCAAAUGGGUGCAGGGAUAGUCUACUUUCCAACUGUCAGUUUACAACGAAAGGAAGGUUUAAUAGCUAAUUUUGGUGCAACACCACUUUGUUACCCAGCACCAGGCCACUCACCUAUUCAUGAGCCUCCAAACAAGGAGCUCGCAUCGGUGACAUAUCUCCUGACAUGUACCCAUAAACUCAUUUCCAUGAUGGAUAGUCGAGCUGCACCUGAUCUGGUUUCGGCUGAUUCAACUAUAUCUAAUGAAGCUGUGCUAUUAGAGAUUGGGAAAAUUGUGAUUUCAAGCAUUAUUCCUUUUCUGUCCAAUCCUUAUAUUGUGGAAACCAAACUUAUCCCUUUUAUUCAUGGCCUGUGUGAGUCAGAAAACCUACACCCAGGUCAAGGCCAAGUGCGUCCAUCAGCUCGCAUUGCUACUACCAAGUGCACUACAGCAAGCAUGCUGAAUAAUCGAAAGUUGAACACAUUUUUCGAUCUGUUAUGGGCUUUCUCAGAGAAGGGUGAAUUGAAUAUAUGGACAAAUACUUUAAUUUCAAGGCUUACAGCAAGAUUUCAACACAAUCUAAGACCUCUUGUACUUGAUUUUACACCACAAAAAGAGGCAAUUAUUGUUUUGCAUAGUAUGGUACACCACAGAAAUUUUCGUCAUUAUUUAAUGGAAAAUAUUCUUUUUGAAGGUGUCAGAUUUCCUUGGUUUAUGAAUAUUAGAAUCCCGCCGAUGGAAAUAACUACCUUCUGGGAUUGUGAGCCCAAUGUAGAAAUAAAUCAACGAGCCUACAUUGCUACAGUCAGUCGAAUCAACUCUGCCAUGACCACUUUAGAAGAUAUGCAAGUUGAUUUACUUUUGACCCUGAUGGACAACACAGAUGGAUCUGCUACUGACACAUCUUCAAGAAAAAAAUUUCUGAAAAAGCUUCGCACCUUACGAAGACAAUUUUAUGCACUGUACAGGGUUGAUCCUCUCAAAAGCCCAGGUAGUCCCUUGUUUUUAGUACAACCUCUCUUCCAACGACUUUCACGUGUAAUAGAAGUAUUGUGUGAAAAAGAGACAAACACAUUGUAUCCAGAGGCUGUUCCACCUGCAAAAUUUUAUGAUGGAUCCAUAUCUUAUUAUGACAUUGAUAGGCUUGGUGGAGUACUGUUAUUUCUGUUAAAGACAUUUCUUGGUGAUCUGGAACAAAGAUUAGGAGUUUCCGAGCCAAGUCAAACUGCAGAGUCUCUUCGAACUGAUGGCCCUCAAUCCUAUGCUGAUUCUUCAACUUCAACUGCCAGAAACACAGCUAUAAUUCCAGCAAUGAACUUUCCAAAUUUGUCAUCAAGAAUACUUGACAUUUUUGAUGAAGUUGUUCAAAUAGAAACAUGGAGUGAUCAACAAGAAGUGCCCCAUCGAAACAGUGCUGAGGAUUCACAUCUUGUGAAAGAACCAUUAGACAUUGAUAAUUUUCUUGCUGAAAUUUUAGACAAUCUUGUUUUAUUUUAUCAUAUAGCCAACAAGAUGAACUCCUUGACUGAUUCUAUAAAUUCACAGCAAAACAAAGUGGAGGAUCUUGUACGGUGUCUUCAAGAAAGAAAGGAUGAAAUGAAAUGUUACCAUGCUUCAUGCCCUGUCAAGCACCACCAGUCAAAUGUGAUCAAGAUCAUGGAAUCCUCUAACAGAAUGCUUUUAGAACGCCUUAAUCAAACCACUUCUCAUCUAGCAACUCUUCAGGCAAUGAGAUAUCCCAAUAGGCUGUCAUGGUUUUUUAAAAGUAUUUUAAACACCAUGAAGACAUCUGCUAUAGACCAACAUUUAUUUCAUUUUGUCCCAGAGUUUUACUUGGACUCUUUGUUUGAUUUGUUAAAAGAAUUAAACCAUGAAGCAAGGCAAAAAUUUGCCAGUCCUGAAGUUACUCCAGACCGUGAAGAGCUUAUGCUUGAAGCUGUCCAAUUCAUUUGUGACCACAUAGAUGACCAACGAGUCAGAAUAGCCAGAGCCAAAGAUACUCUUUUAGUAGCGUUGCUCGAUAUUGUUUCAAGUCCAACUUUGGCUGAAGUUUUACAUGCUGUUCCAGCUGAAAGCCAAAUGAACAUGAUAAGAUUUCUUCUUCAACCAUAUGAGAAUCGAGCUUGGGCUAACAGUAAUUGGAUUCUUCUUCGUGUAUGGCAUGGUUCACCAGCUUCUUUUGCCUGUGAUAGACGUUGGUCUGAAUAUCUCAAAUACAAGCUAAGACCAAGACCACUAACUUACCCAAUUAAUCCUCUCAGCUUGGAGUGUGAUCCCUACCCCUCCAAUAUUCUUCAAGAAAAAAUCAAAAAUCUCUUACUUGAUGAGCCAGAUGUUGCUACAGCAUUUCUCAAUUCAGUCUUGAAUCAAUUAAAUUGGGCAUUCUCAGAAUUCAUAGGAAUGUUGCAAGAGUUGCAGAAUGUUUCCAAUCGCCAGGAAAGGGUUCUUGUAGAAUCACGUCAGCUAAAAAUUUGUGCCACUUGUUUUGACCUUACCUUGGCCUUAUUAAGGGUGUUGGAAAUGGUAUGUGUGCUUGCAUUACCAGUUUUUGUUAGACUUGAUCAUCCAAAUUCCUACUUCCUGCUUGCCCGCUUAUGCCAGCUACUUUGUCAAGUAUUAAGCCGUGCUAGCUCCCAGGAUGGUUGCUUUCAUCACAUAGUUACCCUAGAAAUACCAGGCCUAGAAAAUGUCAAUCAUCUACCCAUUUUGACAGCUGUUUGUGGAAUUCUUCUUGCAAUCCUCAGAGAAGAGUUGGAUGGCUUUUCGGACAAUGCAGUGACAGAAGUUCCAAGAGUCACAAAAACGUUACUUAUGGAGCCAAGCUUUCAACUUUCCUCUUUCACAUUUCUCUUGGAAGAAAAUCCCCACUUAUUUUCACUUUAUUACUAUAAGGAAUACAUAAGGGCGGAUGAAAUUUGUGUGAUAGAGAAGAUGCUGAAAAUGUUAAUUCACUACCAUCGUAUCUCUAUGGAUUUAAAUACAACCACUAAUACUGUUGAUGAAGAUGAAAUGUGUACCAUUUGUUUUGCAUUUCCUAUUUCAGUGAUAUUUGAACCGUGUAAACACAAUUCUUGCAGAGCAUGUAUAACCCACCAUCUUAUGAAUUGCAAAAACUGCUUCUUCUGUAAAACUAUAAUAACGAAAGUGACAGAUGACGAAGGAAAGAUAAUUUAUGACGAAGCAAAAGAAUUGCUUCAAACAGCAAGAAAUGGUCUAUGA